GUGUCUGAGCGGCUCGCUGGACGGGAACCCAACCCGCAGUCGCUGAAGCCAAGGCGAGCAUCUGAAUGAACAAUGAACCGGCUGACUGGGAAGGAAAUGUGGAGAAACGGACAUGAACUGGACGUAUGAGGAGCGCCGUGUCGGGGAUUGUACAAGAGCACUGAUUUGCUGGGUAUCUGUGGAGUGAAUGACCUCUAACGGUACAGGGAAUUAGUCAUUUCUAGUACUUUGUUGUCUGCAGAGUCAAUCCUCUUAUAGACUGGGAUAGCGUUUCAUUUGCGGGCUUGUGUUUGCUUGUUGAUGAAGAUUCACAGUAUCGUCAAUAGGGCAUUAGGCUAGAUGUCUUAAUCUAUACAUUUAUAUCAAUAGCUGAUUAUUGGGUGGCCUCUAGUCUAGUAGAAUUUUUUACCAAAGUGCUAAAUAGUUGCUGCAAAGUCAAUCUAUAUUCAAAAAAAAGAGGAGUUUUUUUUGCAAUCCACUUAUUAAAUCAUUGCUUAAUAUUCACUUGCUUCAACCGCAGAGGUGAGUUUUAUUUACAGAAGAUUACAUUUAAGACAUUGCUGCACUGACUCUUUGAGACACUGGUGGCACAAAGCUGUUGGAUGUCAUGAGCUGGCCAUCUGUCGUGGGAACCCACUUAAACCUGCAAGCAGAUUAACGUGUGAAAGGGACCAAGUCAUCAGUCAGGACAUUUUUGUCUGUUGGCUUCCUGGUGGAGGAGGGAUGCUGAGGGCCACUGUGGGCUCGGUGGAAGAGAGAGAUGAGGAGCAGGAGGAUGAAGGUGACGAAGAGUUGAGGGAUGGAGGGGUGCCUUUCUAUGUGAACAAAGGAGGCCUCCCGGUGGAUGAGGAGACUUGGGAGAGGAUGUGGCGCCAUGUGGCUCGAAUCCACCCCAACGGUGAAGCUUUGGGGAAGGAGAUCCGGGGUGCCACUGACCUGCCCAAGAUUCCAGUACCAAGUGUGCCUACAUACCAACCUGCCACCACUAUCCCACAGCGCCUGGAAGCCAUACAGAAAUACAUCAGGGAAUUGCAGUACAAUCACACGGGAACACAGUUUUUUGAAAUCAAGAAGAGCCGUCCUCUUACUGCGUUGAUGGACAUCGCUAAAGAGAUGACACGGGAGGCUCUGCCAAUCAAAUGUCUGGAGGCGGUGAUCUUGGGGAUUUACCUCACCAACAACAUGCCAGGUGUGGAGCGCUUCCCCCUCAGCUUUAAGUCUCAGUUCUCAGGGAACCACUUCCACCACAUUGUGUUGGGAGUUCACAGCGGGGGACGUUUUGGCGCGCUGGGCAUGAGCCGGAGGGAGGACCUCAUGUUCAAGCCCCUGGAGUUCCGGACACUGAUGGACUUGGUGCAAGAAUUUGACGGCGCCUACAGGGGCUACUGGCACACCCUCCACAAGGUCAAGAUCGGCCAGUACGUGUCCCAUGACCCUCACAGCGUGGAGCAGAUAGAGUGGAAACACUCGAUACUGGAUGUAAACAAGCUCACCAAGGAGGAACUACGGAAGGAGCUGGAGAGACACAGUCGAGACAUGAGGCUGAAGAUAGGAAAGCCUGCACCUCCCUCUCCAACCAAAGACAGGAGAAACAGCAUGGGUUCACCCCUCAGAGGACCGAGCAGCCCCAUACGCAGGGUCAGCCGUGUCGAGAGACGUCCCUCUGGAGAGAAGAAGGUCUUGGAGCAAAAAUCAUCGGCAGACAUGAACGGAUACCAGAUUCGAGUCUGAGGAAGAAUUUUAGUUUGAUUGUGAAAUUUAAGGUACCACACACUUGUUUCAUGGGGCUAUUGGUUUACUUUAAGGCUUAAUUCUUUGUACACACUGGCCUAUUCACAGGAAGCAAUGUUGAAUAGGUCACCAGCAACUUUUCCUCCCAAAACAAAUGCCUCAUUCUGCUUCCCUAUGUCCGUGUUGAUAGAGGCUUUUUCUGGAGCAGUUACUGUGCAUAGUAAUUGGUGCUGGCAAUGCUCCCAAAUUAUAAAAAAAAAGGGGUCAAAAGUGCAGUGAUUUGUAAACGUUUUUAAAUAACUGCAGAGUUUUGCUGACUGUGCACAAUGUGAAAUAUGACGCUUCCCUGAAGCUGGGCAAGACUACCACUCAGUGUAAAUGUGCUACUGGACUUAUCAUAGGGUUUUGUGGUGUUGUUACGUUCAACAAAAGCUCUUAUGGCUUGUCUGCAAUUUGUAUCGUCGUACUGUAAGUGUGCAAAUACAUGUAAUGUAAUUUUAAAUCCACUUAGGCUCUGCUGGGCAGCAAAUGCUUGUGUAGUGACUAGUUUGUAAACCACUACCCUUGUGCCUUGUAUGACAACUCAAAGAGAAGAGAAACACUUUUUAUAUCCAAUCCAUUAUUGUCAUUGCCUCACUAAACACAUAGCAGUGUAAUCUCUGCUCUUCCAAAUUACUAUGAAAUAAACUGUGUGACAGUUAAUGUCCAGAUGCUAACAUGUUUAGCACGCUAUUGACCUUGCAGAGAUGUUGACUGAAUAUGGGAUUGAAUACAGUAUAUACCUAAGUACAUGCAAGUGUAAGAAGGCAUCUAUUGAGCAAAAACAUGUCCUUCUGUUUGCUGAAUAUAAAAUCUUUCAAUUUGCAAAGACAGUUAUCAAGGUGACUUAUGGCAACACAGCUGACUGACCUCAUCUGCAUUUAAUGUAGAUGUAAAUUAUUGAGAAGUCAGUAUAUAUGUACUGUAUAACUGCUUUAUAUAUACAUUGUUUCUAACUUUUAUUUUGAAGCAACUUUAUCCAAUAUUUCAAUUGCCUUAAGUGGUAUCCUCGCAACUGACUUCCAUUUAAGCAAAGGUGUAAAGAAGUUUGUUUACAGCACUUUUAUCUGCAUUUUCUAAUUUUUUUUAAUUGGAAAUUCUGUCAUUUUAUACUUCCUUCAGUGUUGGUGAUCACUAGCAGACCACUUAAUAUUUACCACGCACUGUUCUAAAUAUGUUGCCACAGCCAACAUUUUUAUGUGUACAGUAGGUGUUGUCCAUUUUCAUUUCAAUGUUCGAUAACACAAUUGUUUUGUACCAAAAGACUGUUGAUUUACAGGAUCACAAUAAAG